AUGCCGAUGGUCGGCGAAAUGGAGGAGGAAAAGUGGUCUCCUGAAGCUGGACACCAGAAGAUUAUUGAGUUAGACGAUACAUUAGUGGAAAUUACAGGAUACUCUUUGUCGCGCCCACGGACUGUUAUUGUCUACAUUGGUAUCGUCUUAACAUGUGGACUUUUACGGUUAGUCUUCCACUGGUUUCCUCAUUGGAUGCUGAUGUGUAUGAAUAAGAAAUGCUCUUUGCUUCAAGCCCAAAAGAUUCUCGUUAAGGAUGCUUAUGGCGUUUACUAUAUACAUGAUGUACUUGUUGACACUACUGACGGAAUCAGCCAUAAUGUCAGGAAUUUCUGCAUGCUGAAGUCUGGGUCGGUAUUGAGAUCACAAAUGGCGUGUAGAAGAAACGAUGAUCAAAUGAUUUGUUACUUCAUGCACAAGUGUCUAAAAUACAUAUGGGACAACAAAACUAACCGUUUCGAGCUUCUUAGGGGUUGGCAUGACACUACAUAUGGAGAGAUUUUACAUUCUAAACCUUUAACUAAUGAGGAGAUAACUGCACGUCGUGCAUUGUAUGGAAUAAAUGAAAUAAACAUUAGUCUAACUCCUGUUGUCAGAUUGCUACUUGAGGAGUGUUUGAACCCGUUCUAUUGCUUUCAAAUAUUUAGUUGCAUCUUAUGGUAUUCAGAUGAAUACUGGAUGUAUGCUACCUGUAUCGUGGUAAUAUCCGUCAUGUCACUAUCAUGGGAAGUCUAUGAGCUGCGUAAUAACGAGCGAACUCUCAAAGAAACUAUGUGUAUAUCUUCUUCUGUAAUUGUUUGUCGAGAAGAAAGUGGUGUUUCAGAUUUCAAGGAAGUGGACUCUUCAUCUUUAGUUCCUGGUGAUGUGAUUGAAAUUCCGCGUAAUGGAUGCCUGGUUCAUUGUGAUGCCAUUUUACUGACUGGAAACUGUAUAGUGAAUGAAAGCACACUGACCGGUGAAAGUGUUCCAGUUACGAAAGUCCCAUUACCUGAUUCACCGUCGAAGGAUGACUUAUUUGAUAUUAAACUGCAUACUCGUCAUAUAUUGUUUGCUGGCACAACUGUUAUUCAAACAAGAAAUUAUGCAGAUGAACGAGUGAUGGCUGUUGUUGCACGUACUGGCUUUAAUACAAUCAAAGGUGAACUUGUCCGGUCGAUACUGUUUCCGAAACCGUUGAAGUUCAAAUUUACUCAAGAUGCUUUCCGUUUCAUUAUUGCCUUAUCUGUUCUCGCUGUAAUUGGCUUGGCUUUUUCAAUCUACCUAAUGGUAAAAGCCAAUGUUGGUGUCGGUGAUAUGGUCGUACGUGCACUGGAUCUUGUCACUAUAGUAGUCCCACCAGCAUUACCUGUUGUAAUGACUGUUGGCAUUGUAUUCGCUCAACGACGUCUACGAUCUCAAGGGAUAUUUUGUGUUAAUCCUAGUGUGAUUAAUGUUUGUGGAGUGAUUAAUGUUGCUUGUUUUGAUAAGACUGGUACUUUAACAGAAGACGGUUUGGAUAUGUGGGGUAUCAUUCCGUAUGAAGAUGGUUUAUUCGGUGAUCCAGAAUUAGAGCCAGCAAAGUUAGAUAAUGGUCCACUAAUGGAGUGUUUAGCGACUUGUCAUUCACUGACAUUAAUUGAAGGAGUUCUCUCCGGUGAUCCUCUUGACUUAAAAAUGUUUCAGUCAACUAAAUGGGAAUUCAUUGAAGAGGCUUCUGAUUAUUGUAAAUUUGAAAUGGCUGUUCCCGCUAUCGUGCGUCCACCGAAUGCCUACAGUUUAAAAGAUGAAGUUUCUCAGAAAAUUGAAAAUGAUGAUAUUCCUUAUGAAGUUGGUAUUUUACGCCAGUUCCCAUUCAGUUCAUCAUUACAACGUAUGUCAGUAAUUACGCGUGCACUCAAUCAAAACCACUUCAGCAUAUACACUAAAGGUGCACCGGAGACAAUUGAACUACUUUGCAGAUGUGAUACUAUUCCAAGUGAUUUCCAUUCAACUUUAUUGGAGUAUACACGAGAAGGCUAUCGAGUACUAGCAUUAGCUUGGAAACCAUUGAAAGCGAGCUACACGAAAGUUUUACGUGUGCCUAGAGAACGUGUUGAACAGGAUCUAUUAUUUCUUGGCUUACUUAUCAUGGAGAAUCGUCUGAAGCCAGAGACGACACAAGUGAUUCAAACACUACGAUAUGCAAAUAUUCGACCUGUAAUGGUUACUGGUGAUAAUAUGCUAACUGCAUUAUCAGUAGCUAGAGAUUCCGAAAUGAUUGACGAAUUGGAUCGCAUUAUUCUUGUCUCUGCAAAGCCACCACCUCUUGAAGUUGUCGAGUCACCUCGCCUACAUUUUGCUGCAUCUAAUGAGGAUGAUAUGACAGUAGAAUCACUGAAUAAUCUACCUUCAAAUCAACAUUCCUACUUUGUUAAAUCAUCGGGAGUUCCCACAACAACAAUGCACUCUGAGAGUGAUAGGCUACAUGUGCGCUCAAGUUUUAAUACAACGGUUUCUCUAUACCAAGAGAAAAUUCUAGGACAACAGGAUGAUUCGUUAGUUGAAUUUCAUUAUGCCGAAGAUUUACACAAACCAGUUACGGAAGUGACUGCUACCACUGAGACAGCAACAACGCUAAACCACCACAAAUCUUAUCCAGGCACUAAUUCAACGGAUAAAGCUAUGAUGAAUUCCUCCCUUAGAGAAUUUAAAAGCUCUCGUAAAUGGUUGCGUGGUAUGUGCAAAUGUGCUCCUUGUGUCUCAACAGGUAGUAGUGGACCUCGUUCUUCGCCUGCAUCCAGUCCAUUGACCGAUGUAACACAGAUACCAACUGUUUGUGUUGAUGAACAAAGUCAUCAACUCAAAAACCAUGAAUACAAUCCAGUGAACGGUACUUCAUCUUUGAGAGAUCGAAUUCACACUGUACCAAAUGUUCAUUUAAGAAGCACUUGUCCUGUAUCUAUAAAAAUGCUUGAUCGACCCGAUUUUCACUUGGCUAUGUCGGGCAAAACAUGGGCGAUCAUCCGAGAACACUAUCCCUGGCUAAUACCGAAGCUUGUUGUCAAAGGUACUGUGUUUGCUCGUUUCCUGCCUGAACAAAAAGCCCAACUGAUCGAAGCAUUCCAAUCAGUUGGUUAUUUUGUUUCCAUGUGUGGAGAUGGUGCUAAUGACUGUGGUGCUUUAAAGGUGGCACAUACUGGAAUCGCUUUAAGUGAAGCCGAAGCUAGUGUUGCCAGUCCGUUUACAUCGAAACAACAGAAUAUCAGUUGUGUUCCAACACUGAUUCGUGAAGGUCGUUGCGCUUUAACUACUAGUUUUGGUGCAUUUAAAUUUAUGGUUGGUUAUUCAAUGAUUCAGUUUUUCUCAGUUAUCCUUUUGUAUUAUAUCGGUAGCAAUAUUUCUGAUUUACAAUUUCUCUUUAUCGACUUCUUUCUGAUCACUACCUUGGGUCUUACCUUCGGCUAUACUCCUGCUUAUCCUCUUGUUCACCUGUGCUGUUGUCCAAUUCGCUGUUUUCAUUUCGUUCGAAUGCAACCAUGGUAUUUACCUCUUAUCACAUAUCAUGAAGACUAUGAGUUGAAGAACUACGAAAGUACAACUAUAUUCACUGUAUCCGUCUAUCAAUAUGUGAUAUUGGCAAUUGUUUUCUCUAAAGGAGCACCGUAUCGUCGAUCAAUUUUUUCUAACCGUUUAUUUAUUAUCAACGUCAUUGCAUGCGUUGCCGCCUCAUUGUAUCUCACAUCCCAUCCACCUCGCGUAGUUCGUAAGCUAUUUGAGCUCUGUCGACUUCCAUCUGUUCUUUUCCUACUCAUCCUGCAUGGAAUAGCCCUUGGGAAUCUCUUGUUCGGAUGUAUCUUGGAAUCGAUUGUGGAUGGUGUCUCGUUUCGUCAACGUAUACGUCAUAUUCGGCGAGCAUUAUUCCCGAGACAUGUUGCACGCAAAGAUUAUGAACGUAUUCGUGAUGAAAUUGAUCGUCUAGCCGGAGUUUGGCCGCCUAUCAUUCGCUCUGCCAGUGUUCAAGCAUUACCAAGAGAACUUUUCAACGAAGGUGAUGUUAGCGCACAAAUAGCACAGUCACAAGCCCCCAGAAAGCGUUAUAAUUCAGGACUUUCAACAGACAGUGAAGAUGUUGAGUACACUUCAGUUAUGCAUAAUGGUGUACCUGGUAAUCAUGUUCAAUCAAUUAAUCCUGCAUUUGCACCAUCCUGUGCUGUUGAUAUUCUACCGAAAAGUGCAAUUGAAGAGUGUACUCACAGGAAACGAAAACGUUCCACUAGUAGCCAUAGACGUCAUUCAUUUCAUAAUAGAGAUACUGAGAAGGAAGAAUUGAAAUGUGCUGCUUCAAGAGAAGAUACUCUAAUGAAAUACACGCCUGUAACAGCAGACCAAGAGUCAGGAUUUGACGCUUCGAUUGCAAAUCCAUCUGGUGAUUGUUGUGUUAGAUCAGAUAGUGGAUCGAGACAAGUGCAUCGAUUAGAUUCAUCACAAUCUCCGGCGAACUGCUGA